AUGGAUCCUAACAUACCUCAUCUUCAUUGUGGCAGGAAGAUGAUGAAUUUGGCAAAAUUGGAUUUUGUCGCCCUUGACCUCUCUGGGAAGAACUACCUGUCUUGGGCCCUUGAUGCCGAGAUUCAUCUCGAAGCCCAAAACCUUGGGCCAACAAUCAAGGAAGGAAACUCAGCGUCCCCGCAGAAUAAUGCUAAGGCUAUGAUUUUUCUGCGCCACCAUCUCCAUCAGGGAUUGAAGGACGAGUACUUAACUGUCAAAGACCCACUUGAGCUAUGGACAGGUUUGACAGAUAGGUUCGCCCACCAAAAAACUGUUGUGCUCCCUAGAGCACGUUAUGAAUGCACGCAUCUGCUCCUUCAAGAUUACAGUUCUGUGAUAGAUUAUAAUUCUGCCAUGUUCAGGAUCACCUCCCAAAUGAAUCUUUGUGGAGAAACUGUAACUCAGGCCAUGAUGCUUGAAAAGACCUUCUCCACUUUUCAUGCCUCAAAUAUGGUCUUACAGUAG